AUGAGUAGGAUUGUUAGUAUUGACAAUGAUAUGGCAGAACUGAAUGAGUUGUUCAAAUCCUCAUUUGGAGUUAUGAAGAAUUGGAUAAAAGACAUUGAAUCUGAAAUUACAGGUCUGAAGGAGGAUAUCCACAAUGAGUUUGCACGAAGAUAUGGAGAUCAAGUUCCAAAUGAAGUCAUUCUAAAGGUUCAUACCGGUUACAUGUGGAAAGUAGACAUAAAGAAAAGUGAUGGUCAAAUUUCAUUUACAAAUGGCUGGAAGUUAUUCUCCAAGCAUUUGAAACUCGACUAUGGUUGUUUAUUACUCUUUGAAUACGAUGUGCGUUCGACUUUCAAAGUAAUUGUGUUUGAGCCUAGUGGUUGUGAAUCACAAUAUUGCAUGUUGGAGUCUAAUGUCACAGAACCAAAAGAAGGUCAAAGAGGGAACUUACAAAAUAUGAUGUCAGGUUCAAUACGAACAUCAACCCAUCUCGUAUCAGCUGCUUCUAGUUCCAGUCAAUCUGUUAGAGGCAAUUUUGAUUUGGACUUACUAAGAAAGAAAAUGCGUGUAGCUCAUAACACAAUAGUAUCUGUAACACUUUACAUUAAAUCGAAGCCUCCUUCUUUCCAUGUCGUCAUGAAACCGUCGAAUCUACACAAGGGCUUGAAUGUUCAUCUUCCAUUUGCCCACAAACAUUUCAAGAAGGAAUGUCAUCUGAUUAACCUUCAUUUUAAUGUGGGAGACUGUUGUGUCUUCAAGGUUACUAAGAAGAAUAGCCCAAUUCAUGUCACAGUGGACAUUUUACGUGCCACACUCAACCAUGCCCUGCCUCUUCGAAAUGUAAAAGGACGAAAGCAAAGGACACAUGAAAUAGAAGACAGUAUGGCGUCUCAAGCUAUUGUCAAAGCAGCUUUCGUUUGUAACCACCUGACGGAUGCAGGUGAUACAGUCACACUCCUGGAUUCACAUGGUAGAAGAUUUAUGGUCGGGUUCGCCCAACGCAAAGGUCAGGGUAUAUUGGGUGCUGGUUGGGCUGAAUUUACAAAGAUAAACAAUAUACGUUUGGGGGAUGUUUAUGUAUUUGAUUUAAUUGACAAAACAGAUACUGAAACUGUAUUCAGGACAACUAUUAUCAGGGGAGUUUGA